CGAAAACUUUUGGUCUUCUUCCCUUGUGGUACAGAGAAACUGACCCCUUCGUUUAGGCGCUCAGUUUUGGGUUUUGCUCUAAUGCCUCGCCGCCGGAGUUACACCUUCCGUGCUGGCGGAGUAACAAUCGAAGAAUUCGACUCACCUGAGGAAGACGAAUACGAAUAUAUUGACCCGGACGAAGAACAAGAAGACACCGAAGAGGAAGAAGACACCGACGAAGAGGAGGAAGAAGACGAACCACAAACCGGGGAAUACAUCAAUGUAUCAGACUCACAUAGGGUUUCACAGAAGGAGAGCGAAGAGAAAAAGUCAGAAGGAGUUUGCUCGACUUCAGGAUCGCAGGAGGAUGUGGAAUGGAAACCCGGCGAGACUGAGGGAAUAUCCUGUUUGAUUUGUAUGGAAGUUUGGACCAACGGCGGCGAACACCAAGUCUGCUGUCUUCCUUGUGGGCACUUGUAUGGAUUUUCCUGCAUCAAGAAGUGGUUACAGCAGCGGCGAAGUGCAGGAACGUGUCCCCAAUGCAACAGGACUUGUAGCCUGAAGGAUGUCCGGAAAAUUUAUGCAUCACGGAUUGCUGCUGUAGAUGAUGAAGCGCACAAGAGAAUCGUAGUCCUCGAGGCCAAAUUACGUUCGAUUGAACAGAAGACUGCGAGUUGGAGUAAGAAAGAAGCUCAGUGGAGAAAAACGGAAGCAGAGCUACGAUCAGAAGUUAAUAAGCUGAAAAAGAAGAUAGCUAAUAUGGAAAGCAUGUCUAAGUGUGAGCAGAGAAAGCCUAAUGUGGCUUCUCAAGAGCAAUAUAUACCUGGUCAUAGGAUCUACCAAGAACACCAUGGACAGGCGCCUUUUUGCAGCUUCAGGCAUCAGGGUGAACUGCCAAUUAAUGGUGGCCGUAUAUUUGACAUAGAUUGUGGUAGGCAGACUUUAUUAUUGGCCCGUAGGCUCGCAGGUGUCGGUGGAACGUUUGUGCUUACGCAAAUGAGCCUAAAUUCUGGUGAGAUUGAUGAUAUUCUGUUGCCUCCUACCACUAGAGCAAUUAAAGAUCUUCACCUUUCCCCUCACAAUAAUGGGCUUGCAGUUUUUGGUUCUCUUGGGAAAAAAUUAUCUGUCAUAAGCUUGGAGAGCCACAACACUGUCUUAUCUUAUGAUUUACCGGCUGCACCUUGGUCUUGUUCUUGGGAUCGCAACAGUUCUCACCAUAUUUAUGCUGGACUACAGAACGGAAUGGUUUUAGUGUUUGACAUGCGUCAAACCAUGGGACCUUGCGCUUCGUUGGCUGGCUUAUCAAGCAAUCCAGUUCAUACUAUCCAUCACCUCUCUGCCAAUUCCACUCCAACUUCUGAUGUAUGUUCCCUCUUGUCCGCAUCUUCCAUUGGGCUUUGUCAGUGGAACAUUAAUGACAGCGAGGGAAGGCCAUCAUUGGUUUCUGAAACAGAAAACCCAGGAGUUUGCAUUUCCUCCUCGUAUUGUCCUCGCAGCGACCAUGUAGUUGCUUCUUAUAGACCAAGAGUUGGAUCUUCUGAUGAUACAAUCCCGUCUCAGCCUUCGUUGACUCAAACAGGAAUACAUAAUUAUAGUAUCGGUGUAGUAGAUGGAUUUCAUGUUUGUCUAAAGAGAAGAGGUGUUGAUUCUCAUUAUCAGAAACUGUCAUCCUCACAAGCUUCGGUAGAUACCAUCCGUUUGCCAAGAACAGCGAUUAUAGACCUUGGUGAGGAAAGGAAACAACUUUUUGCAUCUUGUGACGAGUCCACUCGCGAGCUCAUCUUGCAAGAUCCUUCGUCUUUUGCUGUCUCUCAACGGUUCCCAUUGGCAAGUCAUCAUCCGCUUCAAGACGUGAAAUACGCUCAAGUGAAUGGUAACGGUCUGCUAGGUCUCUUAACCGAUGAUAGAUUGCAGCUUCUUAGAAACGAGUCAUCAUGAAAAAGGGAAACAAAAAAGGGAUGAGAACUGGUGCUUGUUGAAGACCAAACAUAUAUCUAACUUAUCUAUCGUCUUGUAAUUAUUGUUCAAGAUGCUAUUAAGGUGUAUUUUAUAGAUAUGGAUAAAUUGCUGCGACAGAUUGUUUAAUGUAGUUGUAUUCCUUUUUUGUAUAUACAAAUUUGUUUCAAU